GACCGCAUCAUGCGCCUACUUAACAACUCCGACGACCUGCACGCCGACUUCGACAUGGACACGCUGAUGCUGCCACACCGCGGCGUCACCGAGAACGUUCUGCUCGUCGUCGCCUACUCGUUCAUCGUCGUCGUCUCGCUGUUCGGCAACAGUCUCGUCUGCCACAUCGUCUGGCAGCAAGGUCAACGCAGCGUCACCUACGUGUUUAUCGCCAACCUCGCAGUGAGCGACUUGAUCAUCACCGUCUUUAACGUUCCGAUCAACAUCGCGAGGAACCUGAUGGACGAGUGGGUGUUCGGCGCCGCAAUGUGCCACCUCGUCAACUUCACGUUAGUCGCCAGCGUCUACGCGUCGACGCUGACGAUGACGGCGAUCUGCAUCGAUCGCUAUCGCGUCAUUCUCAAUCCGUUCAAGCAGCGCAUCUCGCGCGCCGGAGCGCUGGCUGUCGUCGGCGUCGUCUGGCUGCUGGCGGCGGCGUUCGCGACGCCGUACGCCGUGCUGUACCGUUUGCACGCGACGAUGUCGUAUCGCGCGACGACGCGAUGCAAGAUGGUGACGACGGGAACGCUGCGCGACGCGCUCACCGUCGUGACGUUCGCGACGCAGUACGCGCUGCCGCUGUGCGUCAUCGGCGUCGCCUACAUGCGCAUCGUGCACUUUCUCUGGUCGCAGACGACGCCACCUGGCGACCCGACGCUCGAGCAGCAGAACAGUCAGACGCGAAAUCGCCGACGCACGAUCAAGAUGCUGAUCAUCGUCGUCGUCGUCUUCGCGCUCUGCUGGCUCCCGCUGAACGUCUACCACGUGGUAUACGCCGUGCAUCCGCGCCCGCAGACGCUCUUCACGCCGACGAGUCGCGUGUAUUUCCUCUUCCACUGGUUCGCGAUUAGCUCCGUGUGCUACAACCCAUUUAUAUACUGCUAUCUCAAUGAAAAAUUCCGGGCUCAGGCCCGGAGGCUGUUUCGUAGCUGUUUUCGGAUGUCAGGAAAGGUCCACCCAGGAGUUUUCUAUGACGGAGAUCUAGUGCGAGCCGACGUCUACUAUCAGAGUACGGUGCAGAAGAAGUCGCUUGCGCACACGCUCACUAACAGUAGCUGCCCGCCUACGCGCACACUGAGCAUCGGUCUCAACCGCAACGGGUCGCUGCGAUCGUCGCUACGCAACGCCAUCUACGUCACGAGCAACACGCGCGACAGCGGCCAGCAGGGGGCGUCCGUCAGCUUGACGGUUGCGUCGGAUGCUCUGUUUCUCAAUCGCGAUUCGACGGAGAGUUACAGCGAGACGGCCGGGCCCGAGAUCGAGGAGCCAGAGUUUGAGAAGGUGUAA